UGGGGGUCACCGCCUGGCUGGGGCACGGGUGCCAGCCUUCCAGCCCGAGGACCCCUCUUGUGGGAGGGUGUUCCUCCUACCAUUGAUGCAGUCUCUGGAGUAUAAACUCCCCACCUCUUAGGUCUAAGUAGGUGUCAGCUUCCACUUAGUAUCUGAUGGGAUAGCCUUUUUGGCGAUCUAGGGGAUAACCCCACCUGGAUCGAAGAGCCUGGCUCCCUGUAGUUGACUUAACGUCCCAUCCGCGCUCAAAGUUUCCACCUCUUAGUCCGUAGCUCUUCCAUUGCUCGCUGAGAAAGUCCCCUAGCGCCGAGGUUUCUACAUCUCUGAGCCCAGGGCUUCCUUUUGGGAGGAGCUCAGGUGCCCACCCCCUUGGGGUCGGGUUCUGCCCAUCUUAGCCUCAGUGUCUUUUGUUGGCGGGUCACCUCUUGGCCUGGGCGCCUACCUUAAUCCUGGUGUGCAGGUGCCAGCUCUCCAGCCCAAGUACCCCUCUUGGGGGGGGGCUCACUUUUCUGCACCCCCCCACCACCAUUGAUGCCAUCUCUUUAGAGUAUGACCCCCCCUCCCAUCUAAAGUUCUAGUUCCCCUUGGUAUCUGAUGGGGGUCCUCUUUGGAGAUUUGGAAGAUGGAUAACCCUGGAUUGAAGUGCCCAGCUCCCUAUAGUUGGACUUAACCUCCCUCCCACGCUCAAAAGUUUCCAUCGCUCAACCUGUAGCUUUUCCCUGUUCCUGGGAAAAGUCCCCUAGAACUGAGGCUUUUUACAUAUCAGAGUCUGGGGCUUCCAUUUGGGAGGAGCAUGACUUUUUUUGGGAUUCAAAACUCUCCUCUGUUACCUGAGGCCACAGGUCUCACCCCUUUGAUCUUGGUGUCCUCUGCCCCUGACUUUUCGGAUGUGAUUCCAUCUGGGUCCCAAUGACUUGCCUCUCUCAUUUGCCUCUUUCACGGUAGGCUUUCUUGUGAUGUCAUCUCCACUGCAGUAUUGAUAGGGGGGUGCUUUUUAGCUCCCUUCAGAUACCUGGUCCUGUCUUGGUGAAACAUCCCAAGCUCCCACUUUAUGUUGUUUGUGAUUUCCUGUUGUGGGCAGUGGAAGUACCCCAUUUCCUAAAUGCACAUGCCUAGUUCAGGAGCGGAAACUCUGGUGGUGUAGUGGUUAAGUACUACGGCUGCUAACCAAGAGGUUGGCAGUUUGAAUCCACCAGGCGCUCCUUGGAAACUCUGUGGGGCAGUUCUACUCUGUCCUGUAGGGUUGCUGUGAGUCAGAAUCAACGCAACGGCAGUGGGUUUGGUUUUGGUUUUAGUUCAGGAGCUGUCACCUCCCCCAGGAGUAUGCUUCUGCCCUUGUGGUACUGGUUUUUUUGGCACCUCAUCUGAUACGACUGUCACCUCUCCUAGGUCUGAGGCUUCUACUCCCCUCCACAUCAGUCCCUUCUUUGGGAGUGUGAUCUCUCCAGGGCCUAGGAUCCCACACCUCCAUGGUAUUGGUGUCAGUCCCUCACUGUGGGUGUGUAAACUUCUCGGCAACACUGAGAAACCCUCUUGGCUCACAUCCCCACCCCACAUGAGGCUUCCCAAACAUGGGUUCCUGUAUUGUAGGGUAUGGCCUUUCUGUCUGGAAUUGUGCUUUUUCUUCAGAGUAAGAAACCUUUUCUGGUGUUGCCUUCUCCAGGGGUAAGGUUCCUGCCUUACUUGAUGUUGGUAACAUCUCUCUCCUGGAUUCAAGGUGUCCAUACCUCGGUGUGUUCCCCCACUGUGGAGCUAAGGAUCCUGCUCUGGCAUGUGUGCCUAGGGCUGAUGCUCUUUCUUCUCCUCCUUGUGCUGUCUCUGUGGAACUAAGGCUCUGCUCUCUCUUAAGGUGACGGUUCCUUGCAGUGGGAGUGUCAGGUACCUGAGACUUGGGAACAGAUCUCACCAUCGUCCCCUUCUCUGGAACCAAGGACUGCUCAGGUGCAACCAGUCCCCCACCCUCAGUAUGAGGCCUUUUCAGUGGGGAGAAUGGACCUCCACCCUAGGACCUAAUGCCCCACCUUCCCUUAUCGGCUGCCUUCCAUGUGGCAGCAUCACCUGCCUCCAGGGCUAAGGCUUGCCCUCUGAGUUCACUUCCCAGCCAGAGCUGUGCCUACUCCGGUUCGUAGCUCCUUGCUGUGGAGGUGUAGCUCCCUGGAUCUAAGGUGCCUCACCCCAUGGAACCAGGCCUUUCUGUAUGGAUACCUGACAGUGCUCAAGAUUAAAAGCCACCUGUGUUUCUUCUCAGGACUAAACCUUCUGCCCACCCACCCUACUCCUUGGCAGGCUUCUUUAUGUAGACAGUGUCAUCUCCCCUGAGAUGAAGUUUUAGGAGCCCUUCUGUCUUAUUUUUGGUUUCUUGUUGUAAGGGUUGUUGGCUUCUGUGGGUAUGAUGUGCUGCUCACCCCACCCCACCUGGUCAUUUUGGGCUCCUCACGUGUGGGAUGUGCCUCUCUCAUAGACAAAGGCCUCCUCUUGGUUAAGUCUCCUCCUGGGCUGAGCGUCUGAUCCUGCCAUGUCUCUUUACGGCCCCUCACUGUGAGAGUACUAGUUCUGCAGUGCCUGAGGUGCCCACCCCCUCAGAACGGGCCCAGUUACAGUGACCUUCUCCUGGGGAUCACGGUCAGUCCCCGGAGUGAGGAGGGCUUUUCUUUGGUGGAAGGUCUCCUUCAAGACUCAAGCUCCAUCUUCCCUUCUGCUUGGCCCUUUGCUGUGCGGGUCUAAGGUACAAGUACCCUAUCAGUGUGGGAUUUUUCUGUGGGGGGAUGGUGCCUCCACUGUGGCCAAGGCUCCUGGCCACUGAAGGACGCAGCCUCUCUGGGGGAGAUGAUGCCCCAGGCCUAUAGUAUAGCUCUCACCCCUUCUCUGUGGAGGAGCUGCCUAACCCCGCAUCAGUGACACUUUUUGGCAUGAUCUUCUCUGGGCCUGAGCUGUUGCCCACUUUGAUAUCGGACUUUUCUGUUCCAAAUAUCACCUUUCUGGGCUAGGGCUCUUGUUCCCCGCGCCUCACUUCUGACUCCUUCAGGACUUCUUGCCCCAGUAGGAUGGUCCCCUCUCUGUGAGGAGAUUAGCUUCCCCCCGGGCUAGUUUCCUGACCCCUUCCUUCACUGUAGAGGCUGAGGUGUAGAGCCCUUUGCCUGGGGGUAUAAACUGUAAGGCAUAUUCUUGCUCUGACCUAGAGCCCCAGCCCAGAUCCCAUGCUGGGCUCCUGAGGUGGAGGGAAGAGCAAGCUCUCCUUUAAUGUUUUUGUUUCCUGCAUGCAGGAGGCGACCUUUCUCUGUAGGUAAUAUGGGAGCACCCCUCAGUGCUGACGUCCAGGCCCCACCUUAGUUGGCAUCUCCUCUGCGGAACUGCCUCCUGGACCCUCGUGUCCGACUGCAUUGCUUUCUUGGAGCUGGCAUUUUCCUCAUCUCAGGAUUGGGUCCCAUGUAGGGCUUGUCACCUGACCCCGCAUGAGGGUACUGCCAUUUUUUUUUUUUUUUUGGUCAGACCUUUUACUGAGGAGAUUGAAGCUACUUUGAGUACUAAGGUAAGGAGCCAUGGUGGUGCAGUAGUGCUGGGCUGCUAACCACAAGGUCUGCGGUUUGAAUCCAGAAGACAACUCUGUGAGAGAAAAGAUGUGGCAGUCUGUUCCCAUAAAGAUCACAGUCUUCAAAACCCUGUGGGGCAAUUUUAUUCUGUCCUGUAGGGUGGCUAUAAGUUGGAAUCGACUCAACGGCAGUAGAUUUGGUUUUUUAUUUGGUGUGAGUCUGAGGUACCACCCCGACCUGCCACCUCCUGGAAUGGAUCCCUACAGCGAGUCGGGUACAGCCUCCCUGGGGUUAGGACACCUUUUCCAUCCUUUGUGGGCCAUUUGUUUUAAAGCUCGGUCUGUCAUGCUGCCUUAUACAGCAGCUCCUAGUCAUGUGUAACAACUUAAAUUUUAAUUAAUUAAAAUAAAAAUUAAGUUCAUCAGUUACACUAGCUACAUUCCAAGCGUUGAGUAGCCACGUGUGGCCAGUGGCAACCAUAUUGGACAGCACAGAUACAGGAUAUUUACAUUAUUGGAGAAAGUUCUGUUGGACAGGAUUGUUCAGAGAUGGUACCUUCUCCCUGGGUGGGGACUCCUUUUGGUCUGACUUCCCUCUGGGUGAGUUUGGGCUCUGCCAUUGGUGUAGGGAUGCUUCAGCCUCAAUAGCUCAGGGCUACUCUGUGCCCGUAGAGUAGGGGCUCCUUGGAUCCACAGGAGCUCCUUUGUGGGGGGAACCUUUGCUGCCACCUGUGGAGUCCUAGUAGCAUGACCCUCCCACAGCUCCCUGCAACUCCCGCUGGUGUGGGUGUUGGGGCCGGAGGUGCAGCUGCCAGCUCCCAGCAACUCAACUCCCCUUGGUUGCCAGGCCCCUCUGAGUUGCAUGUUGCUUCCUUUAGGGUGGGGAGUCCCUCACUCAGUAUUGGGCAUUUGCCAUGUUGGUUUCUGUUUCCUUGAGUCUAAGUUUCCGAUUCAUUUGAUAUGGAAUUCCUUUGUGAGUGCAGAUUACUCCCUUUUAGCCAGCCACCCCUCUUCCCUCUUUGUCAGAGGUAGAUCUUCUCCUGGCCCUCUCUGGGGCUGGCCCAGGUUCCCAGCUUGUCUUGGUGUCAGCGUCUUUGAGUUAGGAGUGUUACCUUCUGGUUUAAGGAUUCUGCCCUGACACAGCCUUCGUGGAGGUCUAAGAUCCUGUCUGUGUGGUGGUCUCAGCUCCUCAGAGUUGUAGGCAUCUCCUGUCACCCUACCUGCUGGCCCUCUCCACAGGUUAUCUGUACACACUCUCAGGCCCACCUCCAUGAGGUGUCCCUGCUCUUGUCUCAUGAAUGGACUGAGGGGGUCACUUCUCCUGGUGCUGAGAUCCUAGUCACCCCUGUGCCCAGCCCCUCUGCACAGGAAGUGUGAGCUCCAGGUCUCAUGCCUUUCUCCCCAGCAGUCAGCUGUGUGCUGCGUAACUGUUGCCUGCUCUGAAAUAGCCUUUUGAGUGUGACUACUGGGGAGAAGGUAUUCCAUGCUUUAGGAAUUUUCCACUUCCUGGGUCAGAGGCACACAAAAGGGUAUAACUUUUUGUUUCAAUAAGCCUCUCGAGUUCCCCUGCAGGCCAGAGCUUGGGCUGGGUCAUCGUGGGCCUGGUCUCUGGUUGGGUAGGAGAUGUGUCCUCCGUUACCAUCCCACCUGCACAGUUAUUCUCUGGCCGUUCCCGACCACACCCCUGUCUCUGCGAUUAGCCUCGCCGGGGAAUAACUGUAUUUGUUCCCAAUCUCCCCCAGCAGCGUCCGUCUCCAAGGGAGUAUGAAGAGAGUGCGUCUGUAGGGCAGGGAAGAUGGCGGACAAGCGCAAACUCCAAGGUGAGAUUGAUCGCUGCCUCAAGAAGGUGUCCGAGGGCGUGGAGCAGUUUGAGGAUAUUUGGCAGAAGCUCCACAAUGCAGCCAACGCGAAUCAGAAAGAAAAGUAUGAGGCUGAUCUAAAGAAGGAGAUUAAGAAGCUACAACGGCUGAGGGACCAGAUCAAGACAUGGGUAGCAUCCAACGAGAUCAAGGAUAAGAGGCAGCUUAUAGACAACCGCAAGCUUAUUGAGACGCAAAUGGAACGGUUCAAGGUGGUGGAACGAGAGACCAAAACCAAAGCUUACAGCAAGGAGGGCCUGGGUCUGGCCCAAAAGGUGGACCCUGCCCAGAAGGAGAAGGAAGAGGUUGGCCAGUGGCUCACGAACACCAUCGACACCCUGAAUAUGCAGGUGGACCAGUUUGAGAGUGAGGUGGAGUCCCUGUCGGUGCAGACACGCAAGAAGAAGGGCGACAAGGAUCAGAAGCAGGACCGGAUUGAGGGCUUGAAGCGGCACAUCGAGAAGCACCGCUAUCACGUGCGCAUGCUGGAGACCAUCCUGCGCAUGCUAGACAAUGAUUCCAUCCUCGUCGACGCCAUCCGCAAGAUCAAGGACGAUGUCGAGUACUACGUCGACUCCUCCCAGUACCCCGACUUCGAGGAGAACGAGUUCCUCUACGACGACCUGGACCUCGAGGACAUUCCACAGGCGCUGGUCGCCACCUCCCCACCCAGCCACAGCCACAUGGAGGAUGAGGUCUUCAACCAGUCGAGCAGCACACCUACUUCCACCACCUCCAGCUCGCCUAUCCCGCCCAGCCCAGCCAACUGCACCACGGAAAACUCCGAGGACGACAAGAAGAGGGGCCGAUCAACAGAUAGUGAGGUCAGCCAGUCUCCAGCCAAAAAUGGCUCCAAGCCUGUACACAGCAACCAGCACCCUCAGUCCCCAGCUGUGCCACCAAGCUACUCCUCCGGCCCCCCGCCUGCCACUUCUGCCCUGAGCACCACCCCUGGCAACAACGGGGCCCCCGCCCCAGCAGCACCCUCAAGUGCCAUGGGAUCCAAGGCCAGUCCAGCUCCCAGCCACAACUCGGGCACUCCUGCUCCCUAUGCCCAGGCUGUGGCUCCACCAGCCCCCAGUGGGCCCAGCACAGCCCAGCCCCGGCCCCCCAGUGUCCAGCCUGGCGGGGGAGGUGGUGGUGGAGGAGGAGGAGGCGGGAGCAGCAGCAGCAAUAACAGCAGUGGAGCUGGAGGUGCUGGCAAGCAGAACGGUGCCACCAGCUACAGUUCCGUGGUGGCAGAUAGCCCAGCAGAGGUGGCUCUGAGCAGCAGUGGGGGCAGCAGCACCAACAACCAGGCUUUGGGUCCCCCGCCCGGCCCCCACAACCCACCUCCCAGCACCUCAAAGGAACCCAGUGUGGCAGCUCCACCAGGGGCUGGUGGUGUGGCCCCAGGCUCAGGGAACAACGCCGGGGGACCCAGCCUCUUGGUGCCACUACCUGUGAAUCCCUCCAGCUCCCCGACGCCCAGCUUCAGUGAGGCCAAGGCAGCGGGGGCCCUACUCAAUGGGCCCCCGCAGUUCAGCACAGCCCCGGAGAUCAAGGCCCCUGAGCCUCUGAGCUCCUUGAAGUCCAUGGCGGAGCGGGCGGCUAUUAGCUCCGGCAUUGAGGACCCUGUGCCAACGCUGCACCUGACAGAGCGAGACAUCAUCCUGAGCAGUACGUCGGCCCCACCAGCCUCGGCCCAGCCACCCCUGCAGCUGUCAGAGGUGAACAUCCCACUGUCCCUGGGCGUGUGUCCCUUGGGGCCUGUGCCCCUCACCAAGGAGCAGCUCUACCAGCAGGCCAUGGAAGAGGCCGCCUGGCACCACAUGCCCCACCCUUCUGACUCCGAGCGCAUCCGGCAGUACCUGCCCCGGAACCCAUGUCCGACGCCCCCCUACCACCACCAGAUGCCACCCCCACAUUCAGACACUGUGGAGUUCUACCAGCGCCUGUCGACCGAGACGCUCUUCUUCAUCUUCUACUAUCUGGAGGGCACUAAGGCGCAGUACCUGGCAGCCAAGGCCCUAAAGAAGCAGUCCUGGCGAUUCCACACCAAGUAUAUGAUGUGGUUCCAGCGGCACGAGGAGCCCAAGACCAUUACCGACGAGUUUGAACAGGUGACAGGCCCUCCCUGUCCCCCCCAUCCCACUGGUGUCAUCGGGCCAGGUCCACACUUCACACCUGACUCCAGGCCCCAUCUCCUUCCUUCAUCCUCCGCAGCAACUCAGGUCCUCCAGCUCACUAAGCUCUUCCCCUCUCAGACCACCCGCUUUGCCUGGAAUGCUGUGACCAUCCAACUCCUAGCCGUCCUUUAGGUCUUAGCCUAAUGCCCUUCCUCAGAGUAAGCCUUCCGGAAGCCACCAGCCUAAUUAAUGCCUCCACUGCACCCCCUCCUCUGUGGCACAGCCUGGGGGGCCCGGGGUUCUCUGACCCUGUGGUGUCCUUUACCCCACAUCACCCAUGUCCACAGAUACUCAGUGGGGAAGCUGUUUUCUUACAUGACCAUCUCAUGUUUUAAUGAUUGACUGGAACCUCCCACUUCUCUCAAAAUAUGCUGGAGCCAGACACCUGGGUUUGAGUCCAGCUUUAGCUGGUGACCUUGAGCAAGUCACUGGAACCUCUGUCCUGAUUUCCUCCUCUGUAAAAAUGGGGGUAAGAGGACCUUCCUUAUGCAACUGUGACGAGGAUUAAAUGAAUUAAUAACGUGUGAA